ACAAGUGAACUAAAAGCAAGGUAAAAAGUUAUGAUUGGUCAGAGGGUGUCUUUCUUGUAUGGAGGUUCAAAUAGACGAGAGAGAGAUGUCGUUACUCCUCACAGCAUAUCAAUCCUACUUUUUAUUGAAAAGUACACAAGGAUGAGACCUAAAUAUUGGGAGCACAGGCCAACAGAUAGCAGUACAUCACAUCCUGAUAUUACACCUCAGGAGCGUAAAGCCACCUGUCUUAUGACUGUGAGAUUAGUUCAGGGUGGAGACAUGGUCUUGUCUGAACUGCUUCAUGUAUUAGAAUCUGCUCCUCUUCUUCCACAUCACAUCACUUCUUUCAUGACAGCAUUGCAUCAGAUGUAUUGCAGUGGAAUUGACAGCCUGCUGAAUCUCUUUGAUUCUGUGGAGAAAUUUGCAAUUCAAGACCCAACUCGCAUCGAAACUUUUCCUUGCCUUUGGACCAGUGUAGUGGGUCUUUAUUUGCGUGGACUAAACCUGUCAUUUCGACGGCUGAGUUUUUCUCAGGUAACUUUGCUCUACCAGAGGUUCAGAAACUACUAUGAGGAAUGUGCACCUCACAACAGUCACUUAAAACAACACACAGAUAUUCAGAUGAAUGCAGAAGAAUCCAAUACUGCCGAAGACACUGACUCUGAUGCGAAGAUGGAGGAUAUGAUGGAAGAUCCCAGAGAAGAUGACAGUGGAGCUGAUCUUACCUUGUGCAGUGCAGAAGUUAUGGCCAUCAACUCUACAGAUGCUGCAGAGUCAAGUGUUCAGCCUCCAUUAAUACCACCCCAAAAUUUUCAAAGGAAUAUGGAUCCAUCUAGCUAUCAAGCAGGACACAGUACCCGACAACAGGCAGAGUUGUUCAUUAGUCAACAGACUUCUUUGCUACAGUUCACAGAAACAGCAGCUCUAUCUCCACCAGACUUGCAAGAAAAGAUCAGACAGCUGGUGAAACAGAAUCCAGACCUUGCAGAAGCUCAUUAUCUGAGUUAUCUGAAUUGUAUUCGAGUUAAGGAAUUCUCUGGAGCCGUACAUAGCUUGUUGCGUACAUAUGAUGGUCAUCUGAUACCACGAGACUCCAACAGGGUGGAGGACCAAGGCAGAGGAUUUAGAUAUGCUGCAUUAAAUCUAGCUGCUCUUCAUGCACAGUUUGGACACAAGAAAGCUGGUCUUGCAGUGCUUAAAGAGGCUAUCCGUUUGGCUCAAGAAAGUAGUGACCAUGUCUGCUUACAACAUGCAUUAGCCUGGCUCUACACAUUAUCUCCAACUCAUAAGGCCCAGUUGAUGAGACGAUCAAUGGUUAAAAGCAGUGAACUCUCACUGAGCUAUCUUCGUUCCUUAGGUCGCCUCAAUCAUGCAGCUCAGCUUGCUCACACCAGAGCAACACCUGCAUAUCUUUUACAGAGUAUAGUACGGGCAGAGGCACUUAACUGUCAGCACAGCUUGGUGUCACUACAACAUGGGGCGUGGGCACUACGUGCAGCACUCUGGGCUAACUGGGGAGUGUCCACCAUGACUGCUCUAGCAUCACAGUUACUGCUUCACCUAAACACUCACCAUCCUACAAAUCCAACAACGUUCUACUCUGCACAACCCACCUGUGCUGCUGUGUGCAAUAUUGCCAUUGGACUUGCAAACUUGGGUGAAUACCAGUUGGCAGGUGAUGUGUUGCAACAUGCCCAGGAGAGGUUCCCUGCUUAUGGACAACAUUCUCACACUUGGAUGUUUGCUCAAGCCCACAUCACCCUCAAUGACCUGCUUCAUCAAGGACGCUGGACAGAGGCACAAAUUGUCAUCACAAAUAUGGCCACAUCUCAUCCAACUGAAGCUAAAUUAAGGCAUUGUGAACUGUUAGUGGCCAAGGGUGAAUUGACUGGGGCAUGGGAACUUCUUGGUGAAUUGCGGAAAGACCCAGAAGUUGUUGGAGAGUUGCGUGUGAGACUGUUGGUAGUAGAAAGUUGUGCAGCUGUUGCUGGUGGUGGAAAUGCUGUUGCUGUACCCUUACUAGUGGAAGCCCUCACUACUGCACAUGAUCACCAUUUAACUUACUUAGCUGCAUUGACGCAUCUACACACAGCUAAUGUUCAGUUGCAACUAAGUCUUCACAGUGAGGCAGAGGUAAGCAUCAGUGCAGGCCUGGGAGUAAUCCUCUCUGGUGGCUCUGUGUACGACCAAGCACGAGCUAGGCUGGUCGCUGCUAAACUUCAGGUUAGUAAAUCAAAAGGCAAAGAUCGGAUAAGGAAACUUCUGGAAACUGCGGUAUCUCUUGAGCUGGUACAUAAACUGUUUAUGAAAGUGAGAGCCUACCACAAAGUAAGGGAAACACUUUAUUUUAAGGCUCGGCUGUACCAUGAGGUUGGUUACAUAGAGGAACGCAAUAAAUGUGCUCUUGAAUUUCGCCAGUUUGAGCUACAGCACCCUUGCCAGUCAUAUCAGUUAUCCAUCAACUCUUUUUGAGAAAUUCUGUGAUUAAAAUAUCCUUAUACCAUGGA